AUGGGCCACACGGAGGAAGGGGGAGUGUGGGUCCAGGCCUGGAGAGCAGGCAGGCUCAGGCCCAAAGCCCUGGUGCACACAUGGUCCCACCUGCAGUCCUACAACUUCCUCAAGCUGCUGCAUGAAGGCAGAGGCGGGAGGAGGACACCUCUUGGCUUGGAGGGUGGGGGUGGGAAUACAAGGAACUUGGAAGAAGUGACUAUCUUUACGAGGGACGCAACCCAGCCCAGGAUGCAGAGUUUCCUGAAGCUGCUGCGGGACAGUGGAGGUGCCAGCCCAUCUGUGGAGGAGCUGGUGAGCCUCGCGGGUAGGCUGUGCCGGGACCUGCAGGACGACCUCACCCAGGCACAGCCCUUGGUCACGGCUGUGCUGGAGAGCCAGCUCCGCCUGUACUUCCUGAGCAACAAGGACGUGGUGCUGGUGUGUGCCCGCGCUCUGGCCAAGCAGGAGCAGCACAAGGCCGCCUGCCACCUGUUGGAGCGAUGCUGUGUUCCAGGAGGCAAUGAGGAGCUGGUGCAGCUCUGGAAUGACAUUCACUACCAUUUGGUCAAGAAGAGGCUGGGCGUGGCCACGCUGACCACAGAACAGAAGUACCGCUGCAGGAGGAGGAACCGGCCACCCCCCUCCCUCUACCCUGAAGGACUAAAGAGCCGCAGCUACCCCAGGGAGGUUCGCCAGAAGUUGCACAGCUUCGCCUCCGGUGUCAGCAGCAGGCCCAACAAGGCCCAGCGGGAGGCCCUGGCUGCAGAGACCAGCCUCACCAUGCUGCAGAUCAAAAACUGGUUUUGCAAGUACCGCAGGAACCUGCCACCCCCCUCCCUCUGCCCUGACGGACUGAAGAGCCACAGCUUUCCCAGGGAGGUUCGCCAGAAGUUGCACAGCUUCGCCUCGGGUGUGAGCAGCAGCCCCAGCAGGGCCCAGCAGGAGGCCCUGGCUGCAGAGACCAGCCUCACCGUGGUGCAGGUCAACAACUGGUUUUACAAGUACCGCCUUCGCCAAUGGCCGAGGCUCCAGUGUUUGGAGCCGCAGCCCUCAGGCCACCGCCACCCCGGCUUCGUGGGUGGGCACCCACCUCAGUGGGCAGGGACAGUGUUCGUGGGGCUUCCCAGCUCUCUGCAGGGCGGCGAGAUGUAUCCGGAGGGGCCUGGUCGGGACCUAUCCACUGUUCCCGCCGUCUACCCUGACCCUGGCUUCACUGGGCUGGCUGCCCGCAGCGACUUGCUGGACCCUUCAGCUGCGCCCGAGCCCUGGCUGGUGUCCCUCACACCGGCGUCCUCCAGUGACGCUUCCGUUCAGCCUGGACAGCUGGUGCACAAUCACGGGCUGCACUUCUGGAUGCCUCCUUCGGACGCAUCUAUGUCGGUGUCCAUUUCCACAGUCGCCGAGCCCAGCUCCACAGGGCUCCCUGACCAGCCCGGCAGCCACCCCCAGAGCACAUUCCUGGAGGAGGGUCCGGGCACCAGCAUCAGCCAGGCAGGCUGCUUCCUGGUGACACAGCCCCCACCACAGGCUCCGGAGUUGGUCCUGCCCCAGAGCCUCCCGGAGCUGGCUCCUACCCCGUCGACCUUUCCCGGGCCUGUGCCUGCUGGGGAGCUGAGCGAGGCCCUGCCGUCCAACCAGGUGCGGUGGUCUGACUGCCAGGCCUCCAGCGAUGACUUCUGGGUGACCAGGUUGAUCCUUGAGCUUUCGGGGGACAACAGUGGCUGAGCUGCCCCCAGGAGCCAAGCCAGCAUCCCAGGGAAGACAGGUGUGGACAUUCGACCGUUCAGUACAAGUUACAGAACCUCAUCCUGAUGAAAAGAGGUUCCCGUGUUCCCUGGGGGCUCUGCUGGGAGGUGUGUGCGUCCCUGGUCCACGCCGUGUUUAUGCAGUUGUUUGGCAGCUCCCGAUGUUGGAGGAAGCGUUUGAGAAAUGUUUGUGGAUCCCAAGUCCAAGGGGUGUGUUCCACUCAGGCCACGGCAGACGUUAGGGCCACCCGUGAGCACUUGUGGGCAGUAGACUGUUCCGCUGCCGGUCACCCUCCUGCCCGCCCUGCGCCAGGCCAGACUCCCCCCAGCUAACGUGGUGAGUGGGAUGUGGAAGUGUGCUGUCAAUUCUGUGCCUGUGGUGCCUCUCCAAGUGGCGUGGGGUGUCUCAGCAGGGUGGUGGGUGCCUUUCAGUCCAAGGCUGUAAUCCGCUAUGUUUGCCACAUGUUCUGUUCAAUUACAUUAAAGUUUCAUGCUCUGGA